CGCGCAGAUGACCUCGGUGCAAUUCCAAUUCAAGCAUUGAUACAACGUAAUCCAACGGUAGAUUGGCAGCAAGUCGAUGAUGUGAUCUAUGGCUGUGCCAAUCAAGCCGGUGAAGACAAUCGUAAUGUUGGGCGUAUGUCAGCAUUAUUGGCAGCUGUGCCAUACCAAGUGCCAGCAACCACUGUGAACCGUCUAUGUGGAUCGUCACUGGAUGCGAUUGCCAUGGCAGCUCGCGCCAUUAAAGCCAAUGAAGCAGAUUUAAUCAUUGCCGGUGGUGUAGAAAGCAUGAGCCGUGCGCCCUAUGUGAUGGGUAAGUCGGACAGUGCUUUUGGACGCAGUCAAAAGAUUGAAGACACCACCAUGGGCUGGCGUUUUAUCAAUCCAAAACUCAAAGAAUUGUAUGGUGUGGACAGCAUGCCACAAACCGCUGAAAACGUGGCAGAACAAUUCAAUAUUAACCGUGGGGAUCAAGAUCAGUUUGCGCUAAACAGCCAACAACGUACUGCGGCAGCACAAGCUCAAGGCUUUUUCAAAAAUGAGAUUGUGCCUGUCACUAUUCCACAGCGUAAAGGCGAUGCUUUGCUUGUGGAUACCGAUGAACAUCCACGUGCAUCAACCACUUUAGCCGCACUGACAAAACUCAAAGGUGUGGUCAAAGCUGAUGGUACGGUCACGGCGGGCAAUGCCUCUGGGAUUAAUGAUGGUGCAGCGGCGUUAUUGAUUGCUUCAGAUGAAGCUGUAGAAAAAUACCAAUUAAAACCACGUGGCAAAAUUAUUGCAGCAACCACGGUGGGUGUUGAACCAAGAAUUAUGGGCUUUGCACCAGCGCCUGCAAUCAAGAAACUGCUUAAACAAGCUGAUCUUAGUUUAGCGCAAAUGGAUGUGAUUGAACUGAAUGAAGCUUUUGCUGCCCAAGCUUUGGCGGUAACCCGUGAUUUAGGUUUGGCAGAUGAUGAUGUACGUGUCAAUCCUAAUGGUGGGGCGAUUGCCUUAGGUCAUCCUUUGGGUGCAUCAGGUGCCAGAUUGGUGACCACUGCCUUAAAUCAACUUGAACAGAUCAAAGGUGAAUAUGCCUUAUGUUCAAUGUGUAUUGGGGUAGGGCAAGGAAAGACGGCUCGUAAGCUG